AUGGAGCUACCCUCAGCUGAUGAUCAGCUAGUGCUCAGUCACCGCCCGAUCCAUCGGUCUACCUGUACGAUGAGGAAGAUGUCCACGGUUGCGGGCGCUGCUUUGUUGCUAGCCGCCGCGGUCGUCUGCUCCUCGGCGGACAGCGAGAGAGUCCCCGCGGUGUACGUGUUCGGCGACUCCCUCGUGGACGUCGGCAACAACGACUUCCUGCCGCCGCCGGCGCCCAGGGCGGGUUUCCCCUGCGGCGUCGACCUGCCGCGCGCGAUCCCCGGCGGACGGACCGGGAGGUUCACCAACGGCUACAACCUGGCCGACAUCAUCGCACAACGGGUGGGGUUUGACAUGAGCCCGUUAGCUUACCUCUCCUUGACGCCGCAAGCGAGCCUCGACCUCCUGAGCGGCCGCGUUGGGGCCAAUUAUGCUUCUGGUGGAUCAGGAAUCCUUGACGAUACUGGGAACGGCACGAUCACGCUCCGAGAACAGAUUAAGAUGUUUGCGGACACCAAGGCGACCAUGAUCGAGGCCAACAAGCUGGGAAAUAAUAGGGUCAAUCGCUUGUUGUCCCAGUCCCUAUUCCUCAUCAGCACUGCAGGCAACGACUUCUUGGCGUUUGGCGACGGUAGGGCAACCAGAAGUGAUGCAUCAGCCUACAUCGCCAAAAUGGUCACCACCUACCUCAAGCACAUCAAGGAGUUGUACAGGCUGGGGGCACGGAGGCUAGGACUGCUGGACGCGCUACCCAUCGGAUGCUUGCCGGGCUGCAGAACUUCCUUUGGACACGAUGGCGCGUGUGACGCCGUUGCCAACUCUCUGGCACGGCGGUUCAACGCCCUACUCCGGCUUGAAAUGGCCAGCGCCACGGCAGCUUCGAUGCCAUGCAUGGAGUACUCCAUCGCCAGCAUCUACGGCAUCUUCUCCGACAUGAUCACCAACCUGGAGCUGGACAACGGACUGCAGGAGGCGACUAGCGCGUGCUGCGGAGGAGGGAGGCUCAACGCGGAGAUCGACUGCUCGGCGAGCUCGAACCUUUGCACCGACCGCGACGGCUACGUGUUCUGGGACAAGGUCCACGGGACGCAGGCCGCCUACCAGCGAGCCGUUGCCGCCAUGUUCGACGGCGCGGGGGUGACAAAGUUCACGGAGCCCGUCAGCUUCGGGCAGUUGAUCACCGGGAAACAGCCAGCGCCGGUUGCCGUGUUAGAUAAACCGGAGCGUCCGUACGUGGGUCUGGAGGCUGAGAUCUAG